AUGGCCAUCUUCGAUUCCGAAAAACGCCCCCGCGGUUUGCGCGUCCCAUCUCUCACGGCUAUGAAAGCCGGGACUGCCGCUUCAGUAUCGCAAUUUUCUUUCCACAGAACAAAGUCCAACGACGCCCCUACUCCGGAAGAGAAACCCGCUCCUCCCCUGCCAGUUCCCUCCUCUGGCUUCCCUGCACCGGCACCUGCUCCUCCUCCAACAAAGCAACUACCAGUGCCUCCUCAGACUCAGGGUCCCAAGAAGGAACUCCCGCCGCGGCCGACUAUUACUUCCAAAGUCCCUCCGCGCCGAGCUGUCGGAAGCACUAAAGGUCGUCCUAACGAGACUUCUCCUACCUCUGCCACAUCUCAGGGUCAAGGUAUUCGACAGGCUUCGUCUCCAAUCACUCCAUCUUCCCCGCCAAAUAAAGAUCAGCCCUUGCCGCCGACUCCGUCUCUAGGUCUGCGCCAAGCUGCUUCGACUACGACUGUCACUACUCAAAUUCCAACUUCGCCCCAGCCAGAGCAGGAAGCUGCGUCGCCUGCUACUAUCAAAGCUUCAAAUUCUCAUCAGGGUCUACGACACGCGGAGCCUACUUCUUCUGCUUCGCCUCAGCUGUCCAAGCCGCAACCGGCACCGGUCCGACAAGCGCAGCAGCAACUCCCACCAACUCCCCCAGUCGGACCCCAAAGCACUGGAUCUCCAGAACCGACAGCACCAGCUCCAUCUCAAUAUCUCCCCAAACAGUCGCAACAACCACCAGUUCAGCAACGCCUCCCACCAACCCCACCACCAGUCACUCUCUCCCCACCCCCGCCAACGACAGACGCAGAAGCAGACGAAGAAACCGACGCCCUAACACCACUGGAAGACUUCAUCCCAACCCCGGAUGGCGCAAGUACCCCUCUAGAAGAAGAAAUGUCCACCAUCGAAGCCGCCCCACCGGGCCCAGCCCAUCCACCAGCUCUGCACGAGGUCGUCGACAUCCCCGCCGCACCACUGAACAAAGUCCACUUCGCCUGCUUCCAGGAACAUCGGAACAUGCCCAUUGCGCAGAAUGUGUGGUGCCCUGUUCCAUGCAUGACGUGCCAUAAGAAAGACCAGGAGAUUCGUCACCGGUGUGUGUUUUGUUCGUUGAGGGUCUGCGAGGGGUGUUAUCGCGGGUUGCAGAAGACGAGGGGGAGGGAUUUAAAGGUGUUCUUAAAGACGAUGGAAUAA